AAGCGCACUGGUUUCUCAGCUCCAGGAUGGAGGGGUUCCUGUCCACGUUUCCUCCCUACAGCGUCUAUGGGAACCCGGUGUGCGCCCCCCCGGCUCAGGGCGGCAGCUGGGGGAAGAGAGAGGGCCGCUUCAUGACCCCCCAGGGCCUCAACUACCUGGAGCUCUGCAAGACCAUCCUGUCCCAGGUGAACCCCGGCGCGCCCCCUCUUCCUCCUCUUCCUCUGAAGGCGAACACCAAGGAGUGCGGCGUGCAGGUGAACGCCAGGGUGGAGAAGAUGGUGCAGUGCUCGCUGGGACCCAAGACCCUGCUCGGUUGUGACGAGCGCCCCCCAUCCUCUUCCCCCAAGACCCCCUGGAGCCCGGAGGGGAAGGCGCAGCUCGAGCUGCGCUUCCUGCGGCCCGUGUCCAUCUACUCCCCGGUGUCCGACAGGAGGGCUUGUUGUCUGAAAAGCCUCAGCGACGACGGCUGCGAGAAGAGAGAGGCCGAAGCCUCCGAGCCGGAGUCGAACCACAGCGGAGACAAGUUGGAGAAGGACGUGAAGACUGCCGCGGUGCCACGCGCCUCCAAGAGCUCCAACUUUCAGUUCCUGGAGCAGAGGUAUGGCUUUUUCCACUGUAAGAAGUGCAACAUCCGGUGGGAGAGUGCUUAUGUUUGGUGCAUCUCUGGAACCAGUAAGGUGUACUACAAGCAGCUCUGCCGGAAGUGUCAGGUGGGGUUUAACCCCUACAGAGUGGAGUCUAUCCUCUGCAAGGGCUGCUCUCAGACUUGCUGCAUCUGCGAGAAAAAGCAGAGGCACAUCAACAUGAAGAGGCCUCACCGCCAGGACCUGUGCUGCCGCUGCAAAGGGAUGCGGCUGUCCUGCGACGCCACCUACAGCUUCAAAUACAUCAUCUGAGCUGCGGGCGGAGUUCGUUCUGUCGUAGGCGACUCUCGCAUCCACAAAACGAAGCUGCCUCCUGUACGUUUCACUCAUUCUCCAAACCGGCAAGAAGCUUUAAAAACAUGUUUAUUCUCCAUGAACUCUGCUGCUCACUAAUGCAAAUAUAUUUAUGUAAAGACAAAUAAAGUUGUAUAAUGAACUGCA